CCAAGCUUAUCGGAGAGGUGAAACGCGUAGCGGACAACACUUCCCAACAUCACUGCCAGAUUGUUUUGGGUCAGGUUUUAAAGGCAGUGCCUUUUCCUGGCAAAGUUUUCGUUAUUGUCUUCCUCUGUCUGAUCUGCGUAAACACCAUGACAACACGUUUCAGAAGUGGACCAGCUUUUGGUUUCUCUGCGGAGAUCAAAAAUAAGCUGGCCCAGAAGUAUGAUCGCCAGAAGGAGGAGGAGCUUAGGCUGUGGAUUCAUGAGGUGACUGGCCAGCAACUUCCUGAAAAUUUCAUGGAUGGUCUGAAGGAUGGUGUGCUCCUAUGCGAGCUUAUCAACAUUCUGCAACCAGGCUCUGUGAGAAAGAUCAACAACCCGACACAGAAUUGGCACCAGCUGGAAAACAUUGGUCACUUCAUCCGUGCAAUCACAGAGUAUGGCCUCAAAGCAGUUGAUCUCUUUGAGGCCAAUGACUUGUUUGAAAAUGUUAAUCAUACUCAAGUCCAGAGCACACUCAUCGGAUUGGCUGGCAUGGCCCAGUCUAAAGGUUUCCACACCAAGUACGACGUUGGGGUGAAGUAUUCAGAGAAACAGCAACGGCACUUUGCACCCAACAAACUGAAGGAGGGACGCAAUGUUAUCGGACUGCAGAUGGGCACCAACAAAUUUGCUAGCCAGAAAGGCAUGACGGCAUAUGGUACAAAGCGCCACCUGUAUGACCCCAAGAGUGGCAUGGACCACCCCAUGGACCAGUCCACUAUCAGCCUCCAGAUGGGCACCAACAAAGGAGCCAACCAGUCUGGUAUGUCGGCUCCAGGAACUCAAAGACAGAUUUUCGAUAAGAAGCUGGAUGUGGAGAUGUGUGAUACCUCCACUGUGUCACUGCAAAUGGGCUCCAACAAAGGAGCUUCACAGACAGGCAUGACCGUGUAUGGGCUUCCCCGUCAGGUCUACGACGGCAAGUACUGCAACAACCCCGAGGAGUACAUCAACAACGGAGAGGACAUCGAUGGCUACCAGUAUUCUGACUAAAAGAGAUGCCUUGUUGCGACUCAUAAUUCCCUACGUGCUUCUUUUUCCCCAACCUCAACAUAAACUAGUAAGGCCAGAGGACUUAACUUUCCUUGUCAACAUAUAUACCAAGAUGAAUUUGGAUUCUGUUUUUCCCCCCUCAAAAAUCCCAAGAUGAAAAGCAGGAGCUGCACUUCAAACGGUUGUCAUGCCCCAAUUUAGAAUGCUGAAAAGAUAUUUACCAUAAAUGAUGUAUGUUUUGUAGAGUAUUUAACCUAUAUUUAAUGUAAUAAAAAAAAAGUCACUCAUUUUUUAAAGUAACUUUUAAAUGUUGUUUUGGUUACCGCCCUAACUCCUAAAAGGAGGUCUGCAAAGGGUUCGGCUCUGUAACAGAACCAUGAUUACAGGAGCUUUUAAAUUGUUAUGGAAGGUAUGGUGAUGAUGGAUGGACUUAAGGGAUAUUCCGUCAUUUUUGUAAAUAAGCUCAUUUUCCACCGCCCCUCAAAACAAUUAAUAUUUACCUUUUUCACGUUCAUCCAGCCAUUCUGUGAGUCUGGCAAUACAACUUUUAGCUUCAGCCUAGCAUAAAUCAUUGAAUUUCCAAAAAUGGCGGAAUAUCCCUUUAAAAGCAGAAAAAAAUUCUAAUAACUUCUGAUACAUUCAUGCAAAUGAAAUGUCUCAUUUUGAGAUCAGAAAUAGAUACAUUUCCAGGCCAAAUACUUCUGAACUCUUCAGGCAUGAACUGAGAUUUCCAUUUCCUGUGAAUUAGGGCUUCUAUUGGUAAGCACGAAGUGUAUUUCACCCUGUGGUUUAAAUUACUUUAAAUAACAUGUGAAUCAGCCAGCUGAGUAAGGACAGUGUGAGCCAAGGAUGUAAAUUCUUUACCUGAGAAGGUCUAGUAAAUUUGCUGUGAUCAUCUUCGUCCAUUUUUUAUUUAUUUUUUUUGAGGAAUAUUAGACUUAGUCUGCCACCUAGUGUUAAGCUAUGGAAGUGCAUCAUUUCCAUCAGUAUGUACAUAAUGUACUUGAAACGUCCAUGUUCUUUAUUUCAACAUGGGUAGAUUAUGGCUUUUAGAAUGUGAGUAGGCUACAGACAUUACAAAACUGAGCACAUAAAGUCUGUCGUUUAGCCACUCAGAGCUAACUUUCCUGGCCUCUUGCCUAUGCACUGACAAAGUAGAGCUCACAAGGAUUGAUCAAGUGAAGGCUAUUGUAUCACAACAGAUCAUAUCAAGUGGCAUCAAAAGACGACCCCAACCUAGAACUGAUACACUGAGAUCAACUUGGAAGGAUUACAGAGAUGUUUGUAUAUGUUCACUCACUCCUUUGUUUAUUUAAAAAAUACUGUCAUAAAAUGUGUUGAAUCACUUCCCUGAACCCCAUCAAUAAAAAUAAGCCUGCCAGUCC